AUGCCAAAAAUUCAAAGUGCCUCGUGGAUUAAACCAUAUCCAGAACUUAUUUUGGAUGGCGAUCGCAUUUUUUGCAAGGCUUGUUCAAAAAUUGUUUCCUGCUCGAAGAAAUUCCAAGUAGACCAGCACGCCAAGACGCCGUCCCACAUUUCUAAAGCUAACAGAAUCAAAUCGGGUCCUGUUCAGUCAACGUUGAAGCAAGCUGUGGAAGUCAGCAGUAAUCAACACCAUGGGCAGACCAAAUUUAAUGAAGAUUUGUGUAGAAUGUUUUUGGCUACGAAUAUUCCUCUCCACAAGAUGACCAACCCUCAAGUGAAGGCAUUUCUGCAAAAGUACUGCAAAUUUAACACUCCAGAUGAAUCUACAUUAAGAAAAAACGUCGUUGGAAAGGUAUAUGCUUCAGUGAUAGAAGAAAUUUAG